CGUGUUUUCUUUGCAAUUGAGCUAACGCUGUUUUGUGUACUAAUUAAUGUUACCUCAUGCACAGAUCAAGUAUCCUAGUGGUAGCAUCUUCUUCCAUCAGCUUUUAUCUUUAGAGUUACAUACAAAUAAAAGGAAGUGGUGGAAUCUACUUACGCCCAUGCUUGAAGCUUCUCCUAAGUUGCAAAUCCUCAAGCUCACCGACCUAGAUAUGUCUUCUGCCAAAGGAAAUCGGAUCGGCCAAAAAUGGAUUCAGCCGAAAUGUGUACCGGAAUGUUUGUUAUUUGAUCUUGAGACAUUCGUGUGGACAGGAUACGAAUGGCAACGAAAAGAUGAGAAAGAAGUGGCCACAUACAUCCUAAGAAACACAGGAAGUUUGAAGAAAGCAACUUUCUCCACAAAACCCAUCGAACCGGUAAAGCUCAAAAAAUUAAAAAAGAGACGUGAAAUGCUCAACGAGUUGGCUAGUUUGGGCAGGGCUUCAAAUCCAUGUGAUUUUGUGUUUGAAUCUAUUUAAUCUCUUGAACUUCUAUAUACUAUGGUAGUCUGGUGUGUGUUGGCCAUUGGGAAAUGUAAAAUUCUCAACUUUACCUAUCGAUAUGUUGCUAAAUCUUGGUUACAUUUU